AUGGACUAUGUUAUUGACGAAAGCCUGAAAUGGCAGAUUGUGCUAUCAUAUCUCUUAGUUUGUGCUCUUCUCGGCCUGAUCCUCCAAAUUCGCGAAACGAAUCGAAUUAAAUCGGAGUAUGAAAUAUACCAAUUCGAGAUGCAUAAGCGAUUUAUGAGCAUGCAUUGGCUAUUUAUGAGACAAAUCAAAAGACAUAUCGGCAUGUAUCGAAAGAAGAUCACUGACAGAGAGGAGAAGGAUGAAACCGAUGAUGAGUUCUUUGAGCCAGAAUGGAUGCCGGAAGAAGCUAAGGCCAUCGAGAACGAAGAGAAAAAGGAGGAAAAGAUGGAGACCACCAAAGAGAAGUACACCGAGCUUGAAGAGCUCAGCAAGACCGAGCCCAUCUGGACGCGAAAUCCUAACAAUAUCUCCAACGAGGAGUACGCCGAGUUCUACAAGUCCCUCACCAACGACAGGGAAGACCACCUCGCCGUCAAGCACUUCUCCGUCGAAGAUCAGCUCGAGUUCCGAGCCGUUCUCUUCCUGCCCAAGCGAGCUCCCUUCGAUCCCUUCUCGAUCAAGCUCUACGUUCGACAAGUCUUUAUCAUGGACAACUGCGAGGAAAUCAUCCCCGAGUACCUUAAUUUCGUCAAGGGUGUUGUCGACUCGGAAGAUCUUCCUUUGAACAUCUCUCGAGAGAAUCUCCAUCAGUCCAAAAUCUUCAAGGUCAUCCGAAAGAACCUCGUCAAGAAGUGCAUCGAACUCUUCGAGGAACUCGCCGAGGACAAAGACAGCUACAAAAUCUUCUACGAGCAGUUCGGUCGAAACAUCAAGCUUGGCAUCCACGAGGAUUCCAACAACCGAACCAAGAUCGCCAAGCUCCUCCGAUGGAAAUCAUCCUUCGAUGGCGGCGAGGAGCUCACCAACCUCACAGACUACGUCAGCCGAAUGAAAGAUGGUCAGAAAGAUAUCUACUUCAUCACUGGCGAGUCUGUCGAUAUUGUCAAGAAAUCCGCCUUUGUCGAGCGUGUGACAAAGCGAGGCUUCGAGGUUCUCUACCUGUGUGAGCCGAACGACGAGUACUGCGUCCAGCAACUCCAAGAAUUCGACGGCAAGAACAUCGUCUCCGUCACCAACGAGGCUCUUGAGCUCCCCGAGGAUGAAGAGGAGAAGAAAAAGUUCGAGGAGACCAAGGACACCGUGAAAACUCCUCAACGACCCACAUUCCAUAAAGUUAAAAAACGGCUCAUAAAAAAAACUCCUGAUAACGUUCCGAACGAGAAGAAGAAACCGAUAAAACAUUUUAUUCGAAAGAAAUCAACGAUGCGAGAAUCACGAUCAGAAACGACCUCGACAUCAACAGAGCCAGGGAAGCGAGAUCCCCCUUCCGAAGCCUAUCAAAACUACGAAAAAAUCAACUUCUCAUUUGCGCGAAUCACGGUCAGAGACAACCUCGACAUCAACAGAGCCAGCUGCCCCAACGAAUCAACCAGAAAACGCACCUCGGGUCGUGAGAACUAA